CGACGGAAAUGUUUGAGGUGAGGCGAGCAACGCAGGCACAUGCAUCACGUACGCCAUGAGAGAUGUCUUGUUUCCUUUUUUGCCAGGAUUAUCAACAGGAGUUUGAGACGCUCGCCAAGUUUGUCGAGGAGCAGCUGAGCAGCGAUGCAUCCGCCUCGGCUGCAGCCGUCGGCUCCAAACUGAGGGAAAUGGAACGUACGCGCAGCAAAACACCACACACUUAGAGCGAGGCUGCUUCCACCCCACCUGCCCUCUCUUCUUCUCUCACAUGCAGGCACUCUCGAGCGUAUGGAGAUGGAGUGCCGCGGCCUGCAGCCGCCGAGGCGCACCGCAUCCCAGAAGAAACUCACCUCCCUCCGCGCCACCCUCGACGACCUCCGACACAGAUCCCUCCUCGCAUCACUCGACUCGUCCACCUCCGACACAGCACGACAACGCCCGCCCAUCGACUCCUCCGCAGAGAGGGAGAAGUGGCGUCAGCAGAUUGACAAGAUGGCCGAGGGCAGCAGGCGGCUGGAGGAGGCGAGGAGGAUGGCGGCGGAGAGCGAGGGGGUUGGCGAGAUGACGGUGGGUGAGCUGCGGCGGCAGCGGGAGCAGAUCCAGGGGAUCAAGGCCAACGUGGGGAGGGUGCAGGCCAACGUGGACGAGAGCGAGGGGAUGCUCAAACGCAUGUCGCGCUGGUGGAACAGACUCAUAUAGAGAGGGGAGGGGGCAAGGGGGAGGGGGGUGAGAGAGUUUCUUUUCUUGUUUUCGCCUGCCUGCCUGCCUGGCUGCCUGCCUGCCUGCCGGCCAGUGUUGCUGUUGAUAGCUGGUGUACAUGAAUCAUCCAUGCCAUGGAGGGCAGGCUGGGCUGCCCCCUGGUUGGGUUGUGAUGCUGUCUUCUUUGUUUGUUACUCCCGACCCACAUUCGCUUGCUCACGCGCAUACAUGUAUCCCCGUCGGUUCCCGUGGCUCAAGCUUGUGGUGUCACUGCAAGCUGGAGCUGCGUCAACCGAUAGGGAUGUGUGUGCUCGGACUUGCCGAUGUGGCUACGCUAUGGCAAGAGUGUUCUGUUGCAUUCUGAUGCUGUAUCGUCUCGUGCCGUCACCGAGUCCCCUUUGCUGGCUCGGCCACAUCCGUCGACACCAGGGAACUCCGCUCCCACUUGCCUUGUCAGUGCGAGUUGGGGCUGGGUGACCUGGUGGGGACUUGUGUGGUGGAGCUAUGCUAUGGCAAGGACAUGUUGUUGUGCUCAGAGGUCGAUCGACGAACCUUUUCUGUGUUCAACCAUGUACAUUUCAGUCGAACGAACAUGCGAGGAAGGGUCCAGAAAAUGUACGUAACGUCCAUUAGGCAUGCAAAUCAGCGCAUCCAUCCCAUCAUAUGCACGAUGCUUGAUAAAGUUACGUAGUAGUAACGCCUCCCUCCC